CCCUUUCCGCCGGCUAUCGUAAACUUGACCUCAGAUUGUAAUUAUGUUUCCUUCAUGUCAUUCUUGAGGUAACGAGCGCGGGUGCGCGCGUCGCGAAUCUCGGAUUUUUUUUUUUAAAUGCGGAAACAUUGUUUAUGCCACUAAAAAAAAAUGAUUAGAGCCUUAACCUGCUUACUAGUCACGGCUGUGGUGGUUGGUCCUGGUCGCACACAAGAGUCCACGCCCCUGUCGCCAUGUCCCAACGUGUUCAUGUACGAACCGCCAGGCACGGAGCCAGGGAGGUGGUACGGUGUGGUGAACCUGUCGACUGAUAGUACGCUUCACUCGUUAUGGCUGAAUAUUGUAUUGGAUAAGAAGGCCGAUAUUCUAGGGAACUGGGUAGGAGACGUAUCGACAACAGACAAUAUUGACUUUAAAGUUGAAAAUACCAAGAUGAAGAUACACCCUGGGCCUGCGGUAGCCGUUCGUUUCUUUGUACAGUACAGUCCUUUAAACCCACCAGCUCCAAAACUUAAAGCCAUUAGACUAAAUGGUAGAGAGAUUUGCAAUGCCGACAUCCCUCGUCCAGCUACGGGCAUAUAUAGACCCGAUGAAGAAGAGGAGAGGCCAAACCGCGCUCAAACGACAGGCAGACCACCUUCCCGGCCUCAGACGAGGCCACCACCAAGUAGACCUGAUGUAGAAAGACCCGAACAACCAGAGAGGCCAAUCAAUCAACCAUCAGUGCAGAGACCAUCGAGGCCAACUGAGAGACCAAACAAAACGCCAGAUAGACCAACUUUGUACGAUGGUCUGAGGCCACAAGAUACCACAAUCACGAGGCCAAUUCAGGGGACUCCUACUAAUGGGGGGCCUGUUUAUGUUCGCCCUGUAGACGAGCCUCUGCCUUCUAAAAUAGAUGAUGAACAGCCGAAUCAUAACGGUUUAAAUAUCAACCAACCGAAUACUGGAUACAAAUUUACCCCAUCUCCGCCCGUUCGCUCUACCACAGGUAGAAGGCAUGACCCAGACGAGUUUGAAGAUUCAAGCCGUCCAGUAGACCCGUCUGAAUAUUUCGACGGGGAGAGACCUGUAAUUACUCUGCCACCGAAUAGAGGAAUUAAUUCCGGGAACAGUGGCCAGGAAUCACAGAAUGUGCAAUGCGGCAAAGUGGUGAAACAAACCCCUAACUUGCUAGUUAUCAAUGGAAAACCUACAUAUGAAGGGGAAUGGCCAUGGCAGAUCGCUUUAUACCAGACUCAGACAGUGGACAACAAAUACAUCUGUGGCGGAACCCUGGUCUCCCACAGGCAUGUCAUUACGGCGGCCCACUGCAUUACCCUCAAAACCGGCAACAGGGUUGUCAACAAAGACACCCUCACGGUCUACUUAGGGAAGCACAACCUUAGGACCUCCACGGAAGGCGUCCAGAUUAGAUUCGUGGAGCAAAUAAUAAAACAUCCCCAAUACAACGCGACUACGUUCAACCGAGACCUGGCUAUAUUAGUGCUGAAAGAACCAGUGACUUACACCGACUGGGUACGACCCGCCUGCCUCUGGCCUGAAGACCUGGUCGAUAUUAACAAUGUCGUCGGCAAGAAGGGAUCUGUUGUGGGUUGGGGAUUCGAUGAGACAGGACUAGCGACGGAGGAACUGACCCUGGUAGAAAUGCCGGUAGUAGACGAGCUGACUUGUAUAAAAUCAUAUAGCGAAUUUUUCUCGCGGUACACGUCGGAUUACUCUUACUGCGCUGGAUAUAGAAAUGGUGUCUACAAUGACCAAUCCAGAUCUGUACAAAGUGCGUCGGUUUGUAACGGAGACAGCGGCGGUGGCAUGGUCUUCAAAUACAAUGACGUUUGGUUCCUUAGAGGUCUCGUCUCGUUGUCCGUAGCAAGAAACAACGAACGUCGGUGCGAUCCUAAACACUACAUAGUAUUUACAGACUUAGCGAAAUUCCUGCCUUGGCUGAAGCAGCACAUAUACGACUAUUAACAGUUUAUCCGCCAUUUUGUCGUAGCGGCCAUUUUGAGUUAGGCGCGAAAUGCAUAGGUUAUUUUAAUGUAAUACGUUACUGUGCAAAAACUGAUAGUUUUAUAAUCCAACAACAGCUCAAAGUAAUAAAUAAUUAGUAAUAAAUCCAAUAGUUCUGCAGUCUCAAAUAAAAAUAAAGGAACAUUUUUUGUGGCUGUUAACGUAAUAUUUUUAAACAAAUGGUUUACGUAGAUUAAGAACUGAAUUUAUAUAAUAGGAACUUAUUGACGAUUUUGUAUGAAAUCUCUGUCAAAAGAACAUAAUUAGUUUUUUAUUAUUAAGUACUUAUUAAUAUACCUUUAAAUAAAAUCAAACAUGCAAAUAUUUGAAACAUGUCAAUAACAAUUCCAAUAAAAAAUGAAAAAUUACAUGCUAGAUUAGACUCGAACCUUAGACUCAUAAAAAUAUGCAACAUAACUAUGUAAUUAAGAGAAUUAGAGUACUAUAAAGGGUAGAGAGUAGAUAUAUUAUUACUCCAACUUAAGUAUCUAAUUAAUAAUUUCGUACGUAUCUACUAAAUAGAACCAUGUAGACAGAACCAUGCCUAUUUGUAAUUUAGAAUAAGAAACAUGUAGCCAUCAUCAUGCGUUAGAACGAGACAGUAUUACAAAAUGCAUAUGCCUUCUAAAGACGUGGUCGACGUCAAACUAUUGGACUUAGAUUGACACGUGAUCGUUGCUUUAUGUGCAAUUUAUGUGCCAUUUUUUGCGUGAAAUAUUAAAAAUAAAAAAAAAUAUUUAUCAAUUAUCGACAAAAUCGCCUGUGAUUGGACGCACUUAAUUUUAUUUUGCCAGAAAGGUAAACCUAAAAAUAUAAGGGUAAACCUAUCACGCAUCCUUUAUUCCCUAUGAAGUAAUAUAUUAGACAUAGACAAACGUUUAUGUUAUGUGAAAAAGCAAUGUAGUGAGCCGGCAUAGAUAGACAGAUAGAUAUCCUCCUCCAAAAGAUCCUCCAAAAGAUUACAAUAGUAAGCAUAGCACGCAUAGUGCGGUCAACCAUAGAAAGCAAGUAAUUAUCUUUUCGGUUGAUCAUAUUCAAGGACUAUGUUAUUUCUGUGUUCGCUCAAAACGAUGACAUCAUCAUAAUGGUGUUGUUGCGGAUGGUCAUGGGAGGCGGUAGACACUUACCAUCAGGUGAGCAGCACGCUCGUCUGCCCACUGUAUUAUAAAAAAAAAAUGGUAACAUCUUCACAUCAGCCGUUAACUCUCCAUUCCUGAAAAUAGACCUCUCCUUCGGGAUGCCAAUAGUUGCCACGAUUGGCAGGCGGGUUAGCAACCGCAGACUUUUAGUGAUGUUUAAAAGAGGGACACUGCUGCCCAUUAUUUGACCAUCAAAUUCCCCAAGUUGUCUCUUACACCACCCACGGGAAAGAAAUGACCCGUUCUAUGCCGGGACCACAUAUGCUAUAAUAAAGAAAAAUAUAUAAAAAUGUAAUAACUCAUUAUUAUAAUUAGAACACUUUUGUACUUAAAACAGAUCGUAUAAAGGCAAACUUGAUUAAAGUUUCAACAAAAUUUAUGGUGUUGAAACAAAACAGAAUUUAAUGGAAAUAUAAAAAAAUAAAAAAUCGACUCGAGCAUAACACAGUCCAAUAGUAUUGUAGCUGAUCACAUCAAAAGACUAAUGUGAACAACGCGCGAGUGCCUACCGCUGUUAAGCAGCUAACUUAACGCGAGUAGUCCCGUCACUUAGUACGAGAAAUGAGUGUCAGAUCUGCCCACGCGUAAUUGUGAAUACUUAAAAACAUAAUUGGCUCCACAUUAUUGUAGUGACACCGACGUGAUCAAUUAUUUUGAUGUAACCAACUACAUUACAUCAGCCUUUAACUGCCCACUGCUGGACAUUGGCCUCCCCUUGGGGGGUUUUGCCAAUAGUAAUGCAAAUCAAAUUGAUUAAACUUUUCGUUAAUAGAGACCGUUUCUGUAAUAAUUUAAACAAAACUCUAUUAUAUUUGCAUUAAGUUCUGUGUAAACUUAUUAUUUAAUACAUGUACAAUUUGAAAUUUAAUAUGUGAGAUUUUUAUUAAUGGCAACUACUUGUUUUUAUAGACUGAAAAUUUUUUGGUAAUAUAUAAUAAAUGACAAUAAAUCAUAUUAAUUA